AAUUACACUUGAAAUUCAAUCCCAAUCUCAAUCCCAUGAAAAAAUUCGUGUAUUCAGUGAUACCAAAUAUCGACAAAUUUGGCAGGGUAUUCGGUAUAUUACCAAAUACCGAUACCAAACUUUCAGCCCUAAUUACGAGUAUGGUUGUCCAAUGGGGUAACACUUGGAUGGAUCCACGGGUUGAUCCGGUAACCAGGUGAGAAAAAUGGGGCCACACAUUCAUGGAUAGAUCCGCUGUAAGGUUCCCGUUUCUGGGGUUGCAGAUCAUCCGACAUCGUUUUUUUGUUUUGUUUGCGAAAUGUCGUCUUUUCUUAUUUUUCCUGUCUCCUAACUCUAUCUUUGAAAUUCUAAAUUAAACAUUUGAAUAGAUGUUAUAUAAGUGUGUUUGAAUUUUCACUAUAUAUUGGAUUCAAAUAUAAUUUUCAUUUAGUGUUAAAGAUUUCCCACUUUCUAAUAUAUUUUGCUAAAACCGACAUGAAUUGGUAUAAACUGGUUGUACCACUAGUUGGAUCAUACUACUUGCUAUAACGAUAUACAACGAUUAGGAAAUCUUGAUUACAAGGAGUAAAACGAUGAAACAGAUCACCGCAGACUAUUCCCAAUCUUUAUCACCUAUCUCGUUGCAGUGUUCGAGUCCAUAGUCGCUAUCAACGUCUCAUCAACUUCUUUGCUAUCGAAGUUCACCAAGUUCUUGCCUAGAGCGAUGAUAGCUCUGGACACUCUGAAAACCUAUGGACUCUAGACCCUCGGUCGUCUAUUCCGACCUUGUCAAAUGUUGCUAGUCUUGUCACACCGUCCCUCUAGCUCUCCGCUUCAAUCUCACCUCUUAUCUUCCCCCACUCUCCCCACGCCUUCAUUCUCAACACGUCGCUCAAUAUAUAUAUAUAUCAAACUUCAUCUCUUGCCUUAGACUCGUUACACGUUGCCUCGGAGAAAUGUAGCUGGAUGACCAUGAUCUUUUCAAGCUAACGUCCCUGGGCUUUCCUAUAAUGUUCUCCACUCAUCGUCUUCAUGCUCCACCACGAUGUCGCAUCCAACAUUCUUACAUAAUAUUCCAUCUUGAAGGUUUGUGGUUGCAUCCCCAACAUACCUCUAGUUUUAACGAAACCCAAACUUGUCUUUACCCACACAAGUCUCAUUUCUUCUUAUUCAUCUUCCAGUAAGAAAAGAAUGUCGACCAGCUCUACCUCCUCGUUGGAGUUAUCAUCGACAAAGCUCUCUUCCUCUCAUAAACUCAUCGGAGGUUACCACUAGCAGCAAGUGACCAACAGCUCAAUCCCUCAGUCCAUUGAUGGGUGACCAUUGGUUUAAUCCACCCACCAUCGGCGGCAAUUCCCUCUCCCUCUAAAUUUUGUGAUGUUCGAGCUUCUUCUCCAUCCCUCCAGAUCCGACAAGCGUCUCGCGAAUAAAACUAGAGAUUUCGACGACAUUUUCUUCACCCUCCCUCCAGACCUCUCGAUGUCUUCUUCUCCCUCUAGCUCCACUGACCGUCUUGCGAACAGAGCAAGAACACCGCUGUCAUCUUCUUCUUGUCCCUCCAGCUCCUCCGACCGUUGAGCAAAUAAAGCCACAUUACCUGCGGUCUUCUCUGAUUCUGGUCAACAAGUAGUAGCAAGUCUGAUGUUGGUCGCCGCCGAUGAUUCUAUGCUCGACGAUUAAGACAAAGGAAUGCAGGAGACGAAGCAAAAUGAGUUAGAUGGUUUAGGUUCAUGAAUACAUAUAGGAAAAAAGGGCAAAAUGGUAUGUUUAGAUUUGUCACGAUAACAUUAAAUUCUUCACUGAACAAUUUCAAACCAUUAAACAAACAAGUUAUUUUUCUCAAAUAAUUUCUUUUUAAUUUUCUAUGGGGUCGUUUGGAUGUAGUAAAAUGAUGAGGGAAUUGGACCUAAAUUCAACGAAAUGCAGCAAUUGGGCUAACAAUCCACAUUUGGCUGGACAAAAAGUGUGCGGUAAUUGGGGGGAAAAUCCCACAUGCAGGAUUUGACAAUCCAGCACCCCACCCCCGUAAUUGGACAUUCCCGUAUUUUAUACCUUUACUCCCAAAUUUAUUCCUCACCCCACUAGCAAUGAGGCCCACUACCUUUGACUUUUGCCUACCAUCCACUUUACCUUCUCUCUUCUUCGUGCUCCCCACUCUGCACCAUCACAAUUCACAACCCCUAAUUAUCUUUGCCGCCGAUUUCCUACUUCUCAUCAUCGGAUUCGCUCAAUUGGGAUGCCGACCAAGAGUAAGCAACCAAUGUAAUUAAGGCAAGAUAUGCAAGAGGAAACAGAGAAGGUACCUAAAGAAAGAGGGAGAGCGACCACAGACUGAAGAUGGAUCCAGAGGGGAAUUCACGAGGAACAACAUGCAAACCUCGAUUUGGUCGGAGCUGAGUGGGAGAUUGGAUGGAACCUACUCGUGGUUGACAUAGCAAAGUAGAGCCCAUGUUGGUGAGGUCUAGACCUGUUGUUUGACGAUUCCUUCACCUAGGUUUUUUUGUUUGAGCUCAAUUUCCAUGUUUCUGCAUUACCACAACUAAACGACCCCUAGGUUUUUAGUUGAGUGAUUUGGGUCCAAAUAUCUCAAUACCCAAAUCCCCAUCCAAAUGACUCUUAUGUGUUGUUAUUUUGAGUAUUAUUCACGAUACACAUUGUUAAUAAUAUCCCAUGUUUAUUCAGGUUACAUUGAGAAGUAAUUCAUGAGUCAGGAGCUACCUUUGGCUUAAUAUUAAAGCAUUUUCCUCUUGACUCUCCAUUGUACUGUACUCUCCAUGUGUGUGUUCCCCCUUCUUCCUUAUCAUGUUCAUGGCAAUUUUGAAAUAACUACAAUGCCAUAAAAAAUAUGGCGUUAAGAGACCCUCCUAACCCAGGAACUUAUUGAUAUCAUCACAAGGGUAACCAACAAGACAUGUAACAAUUAAAUGUAUAGUUUAGAAAAGUUUAUUCAAAAGGAUUUAAGAGUAAUGUUGUGUUUAGAAGAUUAAGGCUAGAAACACACCUUCAAAGACUUUGAAUUGCUAGUUUAUCCGUUGAUACGUGAUAUAGGGAAGCUAGUGUAGCGUCUAUGAAGAAUGUCCUCAUCAUGAGACUAAAGCCAUUUGAUAUAUAUGGAUACAAUGUCUGUCAUAAUCUUUCAUGAGUUCUUAAACUCUUUCAAUGAGUCUAUCUACUUUAAAGAGUUUUCAUUGCAGAGAACUGUAUCUUUAUACACAUUUAUCAUACAUGAAAAGUGGAAUAAAAAGGUGUUCUAGUGAGUGAAGUGUGAGUUAAAGUAUGCCAAUGUGUUAGGUAAUCACUCAUUCCAUAUAGGGGAGUGAGAAAGGUUUAGCCAAGCAUCAGUUCGCGGUCGUACGUCGUUGCUUAUCUAGUACAAUACCCCACAGAAUGAAGUGUCGUUUGAGAAUUGUGCUUAGAGGGCACGAAUAGAACUUCCGACACUCCUCUUUAGCAUUGCCCCUCCGCACAGAUCGAUGAUAAAUAGUUAAACAAAGUCUUUAUGUGAGUGCUAAAAUGCAUAAAUUGUUGUUGCUCGGUCACAGUAGCUAUGUACAAAAGUAAAAGUAAACAAACCUA